UUACCUUCGCCUCACAAGAUACAGUUAUGAAGAAAAGCACACUCACAUGCACAUGCUUCAGUUUACAGGAAAUUUGCUGAAGGCAAAUGUACAGAAAGAGGCUGAAAAUUAUUACAAGUCUCAACAUCUCAACAACAAGAGUGACAGCAAUUUGACAAAAUGAAUGAAUCCUAUACAGACAGGAUGGAAACAACACCAUACUAUUACGAUGAAACCGGAAACACAUGUACUAAUGAAAAUUCACACAUAAAUUCAAAUCUCAAGGCAGCCAUUUUCUACAUAGUUUUUGUGAUUGGCCUUCUUGGCAACAUCACGGUCUUAUGGGUCCUCUUGAAAAAAAUGCAUGUGAAAAAUAUGACAAAUCUCUGCCUGCUAAAUCUGGCCCUGUCAGACCUACUGAUGGUCCUCUCACUGCCCUCCUGGGCUCUCUAUGCUCAGGGCCACUACUUUAAAGCCAAUGCAAUGUGUAAGGCUAUGGCAGGUACAUACCAAGUGGGAUUUUACAGUGGGAUCUUAUUCGUGACCCUGAUGAGCGUGGAUCGCUAUCUGGUCAUCGUACACGCCGUUGCGGUGCUGGGAGCGAAGAUGCUGCGUUAUGGAAUUGUGGCGAGUCUCAUUACAUGGAUGGUUUCGAUCUGUGCCGCCCUUCCGGAGGCCAUCUUUGCAGCAAUGGUGGAAGAGGACAACAUCACUAGCUGUCAGCGAGUUUAUCCUGCUGGGUCGUCCCAGAAGUGGAAGCUUUUCCGUAACUUUAGUGAAAAUACAGUAGGACUGUUCAUAUCUUUGCCCAUUAUAGCCUACUGCUACUUCAUGGUCCUAAUGGUUGUGAAGAAGACAAAAAACUCGAAAAAGGAUCGUGCAAUCAAGCUCAUCUUAGGCAUUGUCAUCGUGUUUGUGGUUUUCUGGGUGCCCUACAAUGUGGUGGUGUUUCUGAAAACCUUGCAGGAGUUUGACAUUCUAACUAGCUGUGAGGCUCACAGUAAUAUCAUCACAGCCAUGGAGUGGACAGAGAUGAUCGCACUCACACACUGCUCUGUAAAUCCGGUGAUUUAUGCUUUUGUUGGAGAAAAGUUCAGGAAAUGUCUUAUAAGUGUGUUUGCAAGACAUCUUAAAUGUUUGAAGACCUACCAGUCAACAUCUACACAAUCAAAAGUUUCAGAGAAUGAAACUUCCAAUACAGCUAUUUUUUUUACAUCUCCCACCAAACAUACACAAGUUUAAAAAAAAAAAUUCUAAUGCAGUAAGAAACCCGACAUUGUUUCAAAAUAUUUCGGUUCUGUUUCUUUGUUUUUGUACAUAUUGUGCUCAUCAUUUAAUCUUGCUUUGUUUUUGUAAAUAUAAAGAUGUUAAUCUUCAUUCAUGCAUUGCACUAUAUAAUGCAAUCUAACAUUUGUUGAUUUAAUGAUGGUAAUAUCAUAUCAAUUAUUCUACCUCAAUUAGUGGAAACAAUCAUCAUUGUAAAAAAAGAAAGAAAAAAGUGAUGGGGAAAGUAAUGCAGCUUUCUACAUUCAA